AGUUGUCGUCGCCUCUUCUCCGUCUCUGCAGUCACCCUUCGUCCGAAGCCUUUGAACCCCCGAGUUGCUACCUUUACUACCAAGACAAUGGCUCUCCACCCGGCUCAAGAUGGCGCAAAGCUCAUCUUUGCCCCCGCCGGUGCCUCAGCCGACCCGUCCGUCCCCGGUCAAGCGGCUCAGUUCCUCAAGGCCGAGACCCGAGGAGGCUUGCGACGCUCUGACCUUGACCCCGAUAGUCCCAUUACCCAAUUCCACAAAUGGUUCACGGACGCUUGCCAACCCGAAACGGGCAUUUCUCACCCCGAAACCUGCACGCUAUCGACUGCACAGUUGCCCUCGGGCCGCGUCUCGUCGCGCAUGGUGUACAUGAAGGAGCUGGACCCAAAGGGCUUUGUUAUAUACAGCAACUUUGGCACCAGUGGGAAGGCGCGCGACUUGUUUGGCAGUGAGGAUGGAUCCAGCACCGGCAACCCAUGGGCUUCUCUUGUUUUCUGGUGGGAGCCGUUGGAAAGGCAGGUCAGGGUGGAGGGAAGAGCGGAGCGCUUGACACGAGAGGAGAGCCAGGCUUACUUUGACACAAGAGUUCGUGGCAGUCGUCUUGGCGCCUGGUCAAGCAAACAAAGCGCUGUCCUCCAUCCCGACCCUGCGGAUCCCGACGACGACGGACGAAGACAGCUGGACAAGUGGGUCAAGGAGUCGGAGCAGCGCUUUGAAGGCGAGGAGAAGAUUCCCGUCCCGGAGUUCUGGGGAGGCUUGCGCAUCGUUCCUGAACGGGUCGAGUUCUGGCAGGGAAGGCAAAACCGGCUACACGAUCGGUUUGUCUACGACCGCGUCCAUCAAGAUGGAGGUGAAGACAAGUGGACUUUGGAGAGGCUAAGUCCAUAAGUUUAGCUAGGUACUUAUCGUUCUGGUCGGUUGGUUUACUCCGUUUUGCUUAUGAUCAUGAUCGGUUCCUUUCUUUCUUUCUUUCUCUCUUUCUUUCUUUACCUACCCGGCACAUUUUGAUCCUGGCAUGUUUGCUUAGCAACACAACUUUGACACAAAAGGAUGGCCGAACAAACUCCCCACCAACAGCAAGAUGCUAGCGUUAUGUUCGAACUGCUAUAAUGAAUCGAAGCGAUGGAAAGGGUGUCAAGUUCAUCUGGUUUAUGGCAGCAGUGUAACUUUUCUGUAUUCAUCUCAUCUGUUCUCCGUGUUUGUAUAAAAGCGGGGCCCGAGCUUUUGCACCUGCCUGAACCUCUCAGCUUCGUUCUUCCGUUCUCUAUAACUUGCUCUUCUCUCGCGGCGACUGCUUUCAAUUUUAUAUUUACUCCCCCACUCAAUCAACCAUGC